AGAGAGCGCUGUGCUUCACUGACAAGCAGAAGGAACUACAACAUGUGAGUAGCAGCAGCAGCAGCAGUGGAAAACAUGGCGAUAUCCACUAAUGCUGCACGUCUCUGCCGCCUCGCAGGACGGACUGUCAGCCCCUUGCUAGUGAAACAAAGGAGGGCUGUCAGCCUGCCACAGAGAAGAUGCUUCGUGACUACCUCGACUGGGAACAAUGCUACCUUCAGGCUUGAUGAGCGGACAGCCCACAGCAGCCUCGACCUUUUCAAGAAGGACACUGCUGUGAUCUACCGCAUGCUUGGCCUGGACCCCAGCCAUGUGCAGGACAACCCAGAGCGUUUCCGAGACUGGGCCGUGGUGUUUGGUGAUGAGAAGAUAAGCAGUGGACGACACUACUGGGAGGUCACGGUCAAAAAAUCUCAAGAAUUUCGUCUGGGUGUGGCUGAGGAUCUGAUGUCUCGAGAGGACUGUGUCGGCACCAACAGCUCCUCCUGGGUGUUCGGCUAUGCUCAGCGCAAGUGGUUUGCAAUGACCAAUAAGACGAUUAUUCCUGUGACGCUGGUGGGCAAGCCGGACCGCAUAGGCAUCCUGCUCGACUAUGAAGAGGGCCUUCUGGGGCUUGUGGACAUUGAGAAACCCAGGAUCAUUCAUGCCAUCAGGGUCCAUUUUAAAACUCCCCUCUGCCCUGCGUUUGGACUUUGGGACGGGGAGCUGCUCACACACUCUGGCCUGGAAGCACCAGAAGGUCUGAAGUGAAGCAGGAUGAACUGUGACACAGAUGAUCACAUAAUGGUGCUUGGGGGGGGAAAAGCAAUAUCUGUGUUGGAAUCAGUUACAGCUUGAUUGCAGAUAAUGUUUAAUUUUCUGUGGUCCAGUUUUCAUAAUCAUGACUCUUUGACAAUGCAUGUUAAUACUUAAUGUCUGCCGUCCAGCCUUAGGCAAACAUUUCAUAUAUGCUGUAUUCGUGUGUACUUGUGUGUUACCUCUCAGACUGACAAAUGAGUAAAAGGAAUAUCAGCCGACCUGUCUUAAGCUGCACCGGCUCAAAUGUUUUUUUGGACUCACAUUCAUUCUGUAUAUUGUUUAAUAAAAUGACUUCACAAGAACA